UGGCCGCUGACAUAAUGCUCGCUCACGCCCCCCAACUGAAGCUCGACGAAGUCCACACCAUCGAUAAAGUCACUGCAGAAUGGCUCACGACAGUCCUCGGUGUCCCUGGCGCCAAGGUAGAAGACGUGACUACGGUCGGAGCACACGAAGGCAUGACGAGCCGCCACAAAUUGGAGCUGACUUGGAGUGAGGGUACUGCAGCCGAACUACCCAGCAAAAUCUUCAUCAAAAUCACGCCGGAGAACCCUCAUCUACGCGAGAUGCUAGCGGUGCUGCACAUGGCCGAGCUGGAGGCGGCCGUGUAUACAGUCCUGCAAGAGGAGUUGAACGAUGUCAUUCCUAAAUCGUAUCACGCCCGCAGCUACCCCGGCGGCCGCUUCGUCAUCAUCUUAGAGGAUUUGGAAUCGCGCGGGAUCAAGCCAUACUGGAUCAAGGAUGAUUGCUCACUAUCCCACGCACGGGAAGUAGCGGUUGCACUCGCAAAAAUACAUUCGCGGUACUGGGAUACUGAGCGCUUCACGGGAGACAUGGUAUGGGUGCGGCCGCGGCCUCGGCGGUUCGGGGGGGAUUGGGUGUCGAAAUUUUUCGAAGGGAAUCGGGAGAGAUUCCUUGAGACGGACGCUGCGAAGGGAAUGACAGAGUAUGCGAGGGCUCUUUUACAAGAGUGGACAAAGAGCUAUGCCACCGUGUACAAUUACUGGGAGACAAAGCCACAAACGCUGCUGCAUGGCGACUCUCAUCUCGGAAACACGCUUGCGUAUGCGGAUGGGACCGCGGGACUCUAUGACUGGCAGUGUUUGUUCCGUGGGUAUGGGUAUCGGGACCUGGCGUAUUUCCUUAUGACGGCCCUGCAGAGCGCGGAUCUGAAAGCGCAUGAGAGGGAGAUCUUUGACCUGUAUACUGACACGCUGGAGCAGAAUGGGGUGAAAGUCGAUGAUCGCGAGCACGCGUGGAGGGAUUAUUGUCUCUUCAUUCUGGACCCUUUAGAUGCCAUCAUUGCGACUCUCACGAAUGGGGGUUAUGGGCAUGAUCCGGAGACUGUUGAGAGACAGGUGCGAACGACAGUGGAUGCAUUGGAGAGACACGAUGUCAAAGCGCUGUUAGAGAAGGUGAUCAAAACGGGAUCGGUCUAGUUUUCGAUCUGUCAUCGGUCAAUGUUAUGGUUAUGACUAGUAUAUGGGAUCAGGCAUGACCUAGUGGAUUCAAGGAUUCCCUUUACCACAAGUUCCUGUAUCAAAAUGGCAUUGCUUCAAAUAGUCACACUC